AUGGCGGAGGCGGCGGUGGAGCUGCUCGAUCGGGCGGCCCGGCGGGACGCGGCCCUCGAGGAGCUGCGGGCUCUGCGGGUCGCCCUGCAGGCUGUGCCGCUCGCCGCCCUCCGCGCCCGCCUCGGCGAGCACCACCUGGGAGCGCUCUUCGCCCUCCUCAGCGCCGAUGACCGGGAACAGGUGUCCGCGUGUGUGUCCAUCCUGGAGAGGCUCCUGCAGGCGCUGGACCCGCUGUACGUGAUCCAGAACCUCCGGGAAGAGCUGCAGAAAGGGCUUUGCCACCCCGAGGACUCCGUGAAGAUCCUCACCAUAGCCCAGGUUGGGAGGAUUGUUGAAGACCCAGGUGCUGUCACAGAAAUUCUCAACAGCCCCGAGCUGCUGCGGCAGAUCAUCAACAGCAUCGGGGGAGAGAAGAUUGCAGUGGCCAAGGAGGCCAUCAAAUCCCUGUCCAGGAUAGCCCAGACACAAGAAGGUCUGGAGGCUCUCUUUGUCAGCAGUUUGUUGAGUGACCUGAAGAACGUCAUGGCCACGAGUGACGUCGUUCGCUACCGCGUGUACGAGUUAAUCGUGGAGAUUUCUGCAGUGUCAGCAGAGUCCCUGAAUUACUGUGCAAACAGUGGGUUAAUAGCUGAGUUGAUUGGGGAGCUCACGGGAGAGGAUGUGCUGGUCAGAGCCACCUGCAUAGAGAUGGUGACGUCACUGGCCCACACCCCCCAGGGCAGGCAGUACCUGGCUCAGCAGGGCGUGAUCGACAAAAUCUCAAACAUCAUCCUUGGGGCAGAGUCUGAUCCUUUCUCCAGCUUCUAUUUGCCAGGGUUUGUGAAGUUUUUUGGGAACCUGGCAGUUGUCGACAGUCCCCAGCAGAUCUGUGAGCGCUACCCUGUCUUCAUGGAGAAAGUCUUUGAAAUGGCAGAAAGUCAGGAUCCCACCAUGAUUGGAGUGGCUGUGGACACGCUGGGAAUCCUGGGAUCAAAUGUGGAAGGCAAACAGGUUUUACAGAAAACCAGGAGUAGAUUCCAAAACCUGUUGAGCAAAAUAGGGCACCAGGCCAAGAAUGCCCCCACGGAGCUACGGCUGCGCUGCUUGGAUGCCAUCUCAGCUCUUCUUUACUUGCCUCCAGAGCAGCAGACAGAAGACCUUUUAAGGAUGACAGAAUCCUGGUUCACAUCCCUGUCCAGCCAGCCCCUGGAACUCUUCAGGAGCAUCAGCACUCAGCCAUUCCCUGACCUGCACUGUGGGGCUUUACGGGUGUUCACUGCCAUUGCAAACCAGCCAUGGGCCCAGAAGCUGAUGCUGCAGAGCCCAGGGUUUGUGGAGUACAUUGUGGACAGAUCUGUGGAGCCUGACAAAGCCUCCAAGGAUGCUAAAUACGAACUGGUGAAGGCCCUGAAUCCUGAUGCUGAGAAUAAGCCCCACUCUGUCCACAUGAGGGAGUAUGAACUGGAUUCCCUUCUGUUUCUCAACCUGCUGGCUGUGAGUCUUGCUUGAAUAAAUAACCCGAAAUAUUGUUUACAUUCGAUGCUGAGGAUUUAAACAACAAACCCUGGAGCCCUUUUUUGAAAACAAAUCAAUGCUGGAGUGGAUCAAACCGAACUGGAGCUUUGCCUCCCUCGGCUGUAACGUGGUGUGGCUCAAAAGCAGCCUGAGCUGGAGCACUGCAAGGCUCCUUCAGAACCAAAUCUUUAAUUGUUUGUACUAUUUUUUAACAGAGAUGAUUUUUUUUUAAAAUGUUAUUUAAAGAAACAUAUGAUUUUAAUUGCCUGAGUUAAAAGGAUAAGAACACGAAACUUUUGUGUUUAAGGGUGUGAAUGAAGCAGGAGGAUGGAAAUGUUCCUUAGGAAGCUGGAAUCUUGAAGGUGUCAGAUAACUGUGGGGGAGAAUCAAGAGGUGUCUUUGUCCAUAAGUGUACUUUAUAUCAAAGGCUGAUAUUAUUUCUGUUGAGGACAUGUUGGAGGAAUAGCUGGGGAGAGCAUAACAAACCAUGGAAUUAGCACUUUGGGGUCUGUUUUUAGUGAUGUGGCAG